UUUGCGUCGAAUCAACGUAGGAAUAGUUGAUGGUGGGGGUGUAGUUAAGCUUUUGAACCUCGUUGCCUGUCCUACUACUCUCAGAUCAGGAGAGUAUUAUCGGAGUGUCUGUAAACGUAGAUGGCUUUCAUCAUGAUGAAGAAAAAGAAGUUUAAGUUUAAAGUAGAUUUGGAGUUGGACGAACUGUCGGCCGUUCCCAUUGUGAACGGUGUCCUUUUUUGUAAAGUCAGGCUUAUAGACGGUGGAUUUUCAGACGAAUCAUCUCGGGAGAUGGUUCAGGCCAACUGUGUACGGUGGAGGAAGAAGUUCUCCUUCCUGUGUAAGAUGAGUGCCGGCGCCAGCACAGGCGUGCUGGACCCAUGCGUGUUCAGAGUGUCCAUACGCAAGGAACUGAAGGGUGGAAAGACGUAUGCAAAGCUUGGGUUUGCUGACCUUAAUCUGGCUGAGUUUGCUGGCUCCGGAAACACCACUCGCAGGUGUUUGCUGGAAGGCUAUGAUACCAAGCACAUGCGGCAGGAUAAUUCUAUACUGAAGGUGAUCAUCAGUACGCAACUGAUGUCCGGUGACCCGUGCUUUAAAACCCCCCCCUCCACAGCCAUGUAUGUGGGAAUCCAAGAGGGGGAAUGCCUGCUCAAGGACAGGAAGGGAGGAGAGACACUCAAGCAAUUCGUAGACACCCCACUGAAGAGUGCCUCCGUUCCUGACGAGCUUGGCAUGUGUGGACAUUCCAGGACCUCCAGCUACGCCAGCCAGCAAUCUAAAGUGUCGGGGUACAGCACGGAUCACUCGCGCUCCUCCAGCAUGUCGGAGCUCACGCACCGGAGGAACACUUCAGUGGGCAGUGCCUCCACUGGAAUCGGCAGCAUACCUGAGCCCAGUGACGAACGGGAGCCCCGGGCAGGCCCCCAGCUCAGUGUCGGCACGCCCAUCAAGAGCACCUCGUCCAGCGAGCGCCUUAACAGGCAUCCAAUGAAACAGGAUUCCAUGGAGUCCCAACUAAAGCGGGUUGAUGCCACCAGGGUGGACGCAGAUGACAUUGUGGAAAAAAUACUGCAGAGCCAGGAUUUCAGCCAUGACUUGCUGGACUCCAGUGCCGAAGAGGAAGGUCUCCGCUUGUUUGUUGGCCCAGGAGGAAGCACUGCUUUUGGGAGCCAUCAUACCAGGGUUGGUGCCGGAGCGUACGAGCAGGUUGUGAUAAAGCGGUAGCCCACCAGAAAAGCUACCUCCAACUUCCGUGUUGGGGACGGUCUGGGUAAAGGCGAUGGUCGUGCCUUGAUUCUCUUUGCCGGCGCCCUACCUCAACCUACUUAGAAUGUCGGCAAAUGUGAUGGCCUGAAAACUGAUGGACAUGACUCCCCCUGCUGCCAAAACAUCCCAGUCGGACCUAAAACCUGAGAGCAUUUGGGAAGGAUGAACAGGAGUCAUCAGCCAGCUGCCGUUAUGGGACACACCUUAAACUGCAGUGUGAGGCUGCACACCAGUUUCAAAGAUUCCAACGAGGUCUGAAAUGCUAUUUAUGAGGACCACAGCUUUGUAUAACAUUUCCUGGAAACGGGGCUGAAUACUGUGUUCUACUAAUCCCUGACUUGCUUUUUUGCUUUUUAUAUAAAAUACUGAACAGGAAAGUUAAACGUAGUGGUGGAAUCAUCUUGACAUUCAUAGGUUUUUUGAUCCUGGUUUGGUCAGCGCCAAACCGAAGCUCUAUCGUUCUGAGAAGGAACAAAAUCUACUUAAUUUAGAGUGUCACGACUAUUAUCUUAAGGGGUCCAAAUAACAAGCUGAAAUACUGUAAAAACUGUAAGUCUUGUUAGGCUGAAAGCCUGAAAUGUUAAUGUAUUAAAACCGUGACUUUACUGGGCAGUAACAAACAAACCAUUCUUCCAACCUGAUUUGCUAUAGAUCUGUCAUAUCUGAAACUUGAGGUCCAGAAUGUUGAGUCCCUUAAUUGAUGGGUAUAAGCAGAGUUUGAAGUCAAAAUUACAGUAAAAGCAGAAAGGAAACGUUGCAUUGUGUGACGUGGCAACAUUGUGAUGUUGGAUUUUAUAGGAAGUAGAACCAGACUUGCAAACCACUCAAGCCUAGUUGACUAUCAAGCUGACGAUAUGUUGUACUUGCAUUUUUCUAAAAAAAAAAAAAAAACAAGCCAUCCUGUCAUCUUAACAGUAAAAUGUGUGAUUAUGGGAUGUAGUCUCACUGUUGGACAUUGGUUCAAUAUAUAAUAUUGUUCUGUCCGUCGAAUACGUAUAUGGUGUUUAAAAAGUGUCACGACAUUUUUAAAAACAUUUUGUGCUCAAGGUAGUCGGUGCCCUUGUGAAUGCUGUAUGCCACUGUGCUAAUUCGUGUAUUGAGUUGCAGGCUUGUCUUCUACUGCCUACAAAAUGCUUAAUGGAGUGAAUGUAAUGCUUCCCCAUCAGGCCACAAAUGAUGACGAGAUGCAUUACAAAGCAGAAGCCUCUAUCCCUUUGGCUUGCAGGAUGUCCAGUACAAAGAAUGAGCUCACCCAUUAAGUGCCAUUACUUUACACUAGGUUAACCCUAAUUCUGAAGUCUUUUAGAAUGGAAAUGUUUAUAUAAGCUUAAAUCUUGUGAGAUUUAAACCAUCCUCUCAGCCAAUCCAGCACCUCUCACAUGAAAUAUGCGUAAAAUGAAAAGUAGUUCUCAAUUUAGACCUGAUAUUGCGUUUGGUAAAGCUGCCUGGUUAUUGUUACUUUAUUCGUGCACAUUAAAAUUUCACCACUCCAGACUGUAUGUUUAUUUAUAAAAUCAUUACUUCUGUAUACAUUUCUCCAUCUUCUGUAACUUCCUUUCCCCUAGAGGGAUGUGAGCCUGGAGCUUAUCCCAGGCAGUGCAGGGCACAAGGCAUCCUGGACAGGAGGCCAACUGUUUGUAUACAAAGUGUUUACUCAACUGGCCCACUUUUUAUUCUAUUUCUGAAAUUACUUUUACCUUUAACAGAUUUUUAUUUUUGUAAUAACUGUCUGUACUCCAUUUAUUAUAAUGGUUAGGGUGGUAAUCUUACAGUGUUAAUCGUUUGCCUUUGGUAUUAUGUUAAGGCUUGUAUCAGUUUCAAAAUCGUAAAAAAAAAAUCUUCAUAUGAAUUUUCAUUGUAAUGCACAUAUCACACACUUGCAUAUGUACAACGUUUAGUCAAUUAAAAUCUUUAAGAAAA